AUACUUCUAUACUUGUAGAUUUCUUCUUUUUCAGAGGAUCUAUACCUGUAGUUAUAUGAGUAAUAGCGUAUGUCCGACGGACCUAGAGAAUAGAAAGAGGAACAGAUACAGCAUUUAAGUAGAGGACACCAAAAGAGAGAGUGGAAAGGAAGGGAAUUGAAAUUUAAAAAAAGGAAAAGGGAAAAAGGCCAGCAGUGUAUGCUGGAAUGCUCUGAGGUCACGCAUCUCCUUCUCAUCGAUUUCUCCAUUCUCGAUCUGGGUUUCCUUCCUUCCCUUACGAUCGAAAUCUUGAUGUGAACCAAAAUUGAAUUCUCGGGUUCAAAGCUUUGUGCUUUAUGCCUGGGCUAUUAUUAUAGCUCAGAGGGUGUAAAGGGUUUGGCUGAUUGUUCCAACAAUUGGGUUUGGCUUUGAUUCUUAUGAGCAGUUGAGGGUUCAAGUCUUUUCAGUUUUUGGAUCAAUCUUAGUGAAUUGAGAGUUUGGAGGAUAAAUUUUGUUGUAGACAAUGUUCUAUGGUGCAGUAGUAUGGGACCCUUGGCUCAUUGUUGUCCAAAUUGUGUGCCUUCAAUGUCUCUACUAUCUCACUCUCGGCUUGUUCUUGGCUAUUCUUGUUGGGACUCGCGUGUCCCGAAUGAGCCUUGUGUAUUUCUUUGAUUUCGCUACUGUCACCGUCUCCACUGUCACCGGGUGGUGCGUCAUUGCUUCCUUUGUGCUCAGUGCACUUGCAAGCGCUGGAUAUCUAGUCCUUCUGAUUGAGAGGUCAAAAAAGUGCUUAGAUUUUUCAGUCACCCUGUACAUCGUUCAUCUCUUUAUCUGCAUUGGUUAUGGGGGUUGGCCUUCUUCAAUAACAUGGUGGGUUGUAAAUGGUACUGGAAUUGGAGUGAUGGCUUUGCUAGGUGAAUACCUCUGCAUGAGACGUGAACUGCAGGAGAUCAAGAUCCCUACAACACGAUAUCGCUCAAAUGUUUGACCGAGGAGAAACACAACAUGCCAGAAUUGUGGGGUUAUAGAGGGUACUCGUUUCUUUGGAGGAGCUUCAGGAUAAAGCUCAUGAACACCACAUACAAUAUUGGAUGAGAAGAAAUGCUUUAGUCUGUGGAUUCUUUUGUCUAUGCUGGUGGUAAUUUACAUAGAACUUCUGUAAAAGUUUGAUACAGUGCUUCAAAUGAUGGGAGUUGUGAGCACAUGAGACUAGGUCUAGGUAUUGUUAUAGGAAAAUCAUAAUGUACAAUUUUAGGUGCAGCAAUGCAUAUAAUGCUUCUGAUUUCAUUUUUUUCUCCCUUCUUUUCUGUUUCCACAGAGAUAAACAUUAUCAAUUCAGUUUAUAUUGUUAGUGUUAUUAUGAUUCUCUUUAUAAUCUGAAGGAGUUUCUUGGU